CUCUUCUUCACAGGCUCCCGCAACACACGCACCCACAGCACCCACACCUAUCUACCCAUACACCUAUACACAUACAUAGCACGCCCACAUACGCGCGCUCCGACCAUGUUGCCUGCCUCACUCGCCGCCAUCGCCACAGUCUCGCUCGUCAGCUUUCUCUACAAGCGACGCGAGACGCCGGGCGAAGGCCCUCACGCCGAUGCUGGACCGGAAACCCUAUCGGAGCCCGUCGGCAUGGCCCACCUCCUGGACAUCUCCGGGCCGCGUCGGACCGGCGCCGGCUUGAAGCCAGUCUUCUACUCCGGGGCCUACUCCUUCUCAUCUGAUUCCGAGACUGGCGACCUGCCCCCCAGUGGGGCCACCCACCCCGCGGGCGAAGACAUCGAUCUGGUGGACCUUCCAAGCCUGGACACUUCGGAGGUGACCUUCCCCCCGGUCAAGCCGCUCGAGUGGUUCGUGCCGGAGGGCGCCAGUCUUGCCUCGGGCGAUGGCCCGGCGACGGUUGCCGGUCCGGCGCACCCGACUCCCGCGGCGUGUGAGCCCCCGGCCGGUGUCCCCGGCACCGACAGCCCGAUCUCCGAGGCUUCUCCCCUGCGCGAGCGUGAUCCCAAGCGCAAGCGCGAGUCCGAGGUCGCGCAGGAGCCCGAUGGCGAGCCGACGUCCCAGGCCCCCAAGGCCCCCAUUGUCGAUGAUACCCCUCAUGCUGAGACCACCCUGAAUAUGCCUGUGGAUGUCCCUUCAGAGGAGGAUGUCGGCGAGGAUUUCGAGGUGGCCAUUCUCGCCCGCAUUAAGCGUCGCAAGGAGAUCCAGGCUCAAAAGGCCGCCGUUCAGUCGGCUCCCGUUACCGCCCCGGCCCCGGCCCCGGCCCCGGCCCCGGCCCCGGCCUCGACGUCUGCCCCGGCCCCCGCCACAAGCCGCCGCGUGCGGGGCACCAAGCGGGUGAGUAAGUGCACCGCCCAGCGUGCUCGUGCUCCCAUGUCAUCGCUUGGCGUCCUGACGCCCCGGAGCGCGGACAACAUCACCGACACCGAGAGCUUCCUCGACUACCUGGUCCGGCGGACCUCGGCCGAGCCGCCCUCCACCCCCUUGAGCCGGCUAAUUGCUCGUGCGGCGAAGGCCGUGGCCGAGGAGGCCGAGGCUCGCAAGAGCACACUCCUGGCGAAGUCUGGCACUGCCGGGGUCCCGUCUACCUCCACCACUGCCCUUACCUUCGCGCCGACGACCGCCACCACUGCCACCGGCACCGGCGCUGGCACCAGCACCACUGCUUCAAGUGACGAUGCAUCGACCUCCAAGCCCGCCGGGGUGAAUGGCACGACCGGGUCCAGCUCCGGUGCCGGUGCCGCUCCUCUAGCUGCUCCGCUGCUGAGCUUCGGCACCAGCUCCUCCUCCUCCUCCUCGGAUUCGUCUUCUUCCAGCUUCGGCUCCGCGCCCGGGAGCUUCUCCUUCAAUUUGCCGACAUCCGACGACCGGUCGAAGGGGGGCAAGCCCUCCGCCGAGGGUGCCACUUCGCGGCCAGGGGAUGGGGGGUUCCUCUCUCCGUCGCCCAUCACGCUGAAUGUGGGCACCUCGUCGCUAUUUUCUCCGGGUACUGAUGCUGCCUCCCCGGCCACUUCGAAGCCAUCCUCGCGCAAGACCACCGAGCCUGCGGGCCUCCUCUCUUCAUCGUCAUCAAAGCCCGCCUUUACCUUCGGCAGUGGCGCUGAUGCUGGCGCUGGCGCUGGCGCCGGCGCCGGCGCCGGUGCGGGUGCUUCCCUCUCCUCGCUGUCGUCCUCCUCCGCCAGUGGUUCCGCCCUCGGGAGCACCACCAGCGCCGUCGCUGCCUCCAAGGAUGCCGGCCCCAAGUCCGGCUUGUCGUCCGAAUUGCCAAGCGCUUCCUUCACCUUCAACAUCCCGGCCUCCGGCCCGGCUGCCGCCUCCGCCGCCUCCGCCGCCGACCCCAAGCCAGCCACGACGCCGUCCUUCACCUUCAACCCGCCCUCGGGCCAGGAGAAGCCCCCUUCCUCCGAAUCAACUGAUCGCAUUUUUGCCCGGCCCACUCGUGUGGCCACACGGUCCUCCGAUGCCUCUGAGACUAGCAAAAAGCGUGUUUCUUCCACUUCUGCGGCUUCAGACGCCGGCAGCAGCUCGAGUGCCUUCUCCUUCCCUCCUCUCCCCGGGGCGGCGACCUCGAGCGCCGAGGGCGCACUUGAGCCCUCCACUAAGAAGCCGGUUCCGGCGUCCUUCGCUAGCUCGGGCGGCUUUGCCUUCGCCGCGCCGGCCACUUCGACGACCGCACCGGCUGCUUCGACGACCGCACCGGCUGCUUCGACGGCCGCGCCAAGCGCCGCCGCGCCAGCGGUCAACAGCGCCAUCUUCACCUUCACCAUGCCCAAGACCGAGACUAGUGGCUCGAACGCGCCAUCGACAUCGUUGACUUUCGGUGGCGGCGCCGGCACUGCCGGUAACGCCGCCGCUGCGCCAGCCACUUCCUCGUUGACCUUCGGCGCUCCUGCUGCCGGGGCCUCCGGCCCUGUGAGCACCGCGGCCACCUCGACCGCCCCGGGCACCGAGAGUGCCGCUGCCGCUACUGUUACCACCGCCGCCGCCGCCGCCAAUGGCGCCCCAGCUGGCUCGCCCUCCUCUGCCGCUCCGGCCACCACCGGCUUCACCUUUAACACGGCAGCCACCCCGGCGACCACCGCUCCUUCGGUCCCCGCCGUGGCGACUCCCGGGGCCGCGGCUUCGACGACGGCUGGCGCCGGCCCGGCAUUCACUUUUGGUGCUGGGGCCUCCGCCAGUGGCAGCAACACCGCCACGACUGUGGCCGGCACCGGUGGGCCCUCCUUCACAACCUCGACGGCGCCUAACACCACACCGGCCGCGUCUACGGGCCUCAGCUUCGGCGCUGGGACGGCCGGCGCCACUGCCGGUGCUACGCCUGCCUUCCAAUUUGGCGCGUCGGCUCCCGGUGUCGCGGCUACCACUGCCGCCCCAGGCAGCAUUGCCCCGGCCGGCACCACGCCCGGCCUGACCUUCAGUGCGCCUGGCGCAUCUUCCACCGCCUCCACCACAGCCGCUGGUGCUGCCCCUGCCGCUGGUGCUGCCCCUCGCGCCGAUGGCCAGCCGGCGUUCGGCGGCUUUGGCGGCUUCUCAACCACUCCGGCAGCUAGUGGCACUCUGGCGGCCCCUGGUGCUGCCGGCACCCCGGCUGCUGCCCCCAGCAGUGCCCCAGGCACGGCGUUCACUUUCAAUGCAUCGGCCAGCCCCGCUCUCGGUGCCACGCCAGCCCUCGGUGCCACUCCGGCGGUGAGCAGUCCAUCGGCGCCGGCCGGGCAGUUUGGCUCGGGCCUGGGUGUUGGUUUCGGGGCCGGUGCCAGCGCGAGCACCAAUCCAGGCUUCGGCUCCUCAAGUGGCUUGACCUUCGGUGCUGGUGCCGCCGGUGCUGCUGCUGGUGGCGCGGCGCCCGGAGGCGGCUUCGGCGCCGGUGGCUUUGCUUCCGGCGGCUUCGGUAGCAACACCGGUCCCACCCCAGGCGGCUUCGGCGCCCGGCCCACUGCCACUGCCACUGGCGCCUUUGGCAGUGGUACUGGCGGUAGCAGCGGCACCGGCAGCACCACCGGUGGUAGUGGUGUUGUCGGCGCCGGUGGCUUUGGCCAGCCGCCCGCCGGCAGCGCUCCCGCUCCUGGCCAGUUGCAAUUCGGCUCGCCAGCGCCCGGUGGCGCCGCACAGCCCGGCGCCCCGACCGGCAACUUCUUCGGGUCUACCAGCUCGUCGGGCUUUGGCGCGUCGGGCAGCUUCGGCUCGCCGGGCUUUGGCCGGGCGGCCGGAGCCACCAAUGCCCCCGGUGGCACCGGCGCCCCUGCCGGCGGGUUCGGCGGUGGGUUUGGCGGCGGGGCUCCUGGCGGCGGGUUUGGUGGCAGCGGGUUCGGCAGCGGUGGUGGCGGCGGCGGCGGCGGCGGCGGCGCUCCUGCUGUCGGAUUCGGCAACUCGCCCACCAUUACCUCGACCACCGGUCCGGCUGGUGGCUUCGGCGUUCCGGCCGGUGGCUUUGGAGCCCCCGGUGGCGGGUUUGGCACUGGCACUGGCGCCGGUGCCGGUGGCUUCGGCCAGCAGCAGAGUCACCCUGCCUCGCCGUCACCCUCGAUGGGCGGUGGGUUUGGCACGCCCGGCUUUGGCCAGCAGCAGGCCCAGCCUCAGGGAUCCUUUAAUUUCACUCCAGUUGGCGGGGCGACCGUCCCCGGUGCUGGGCCGCCCCCGCCGGGGAUGGGUUUUGGCGGUGGUUCCAGCAGCAAUCAGCAUACCCCCUUCUCCUUCAACAUCGGCAGCGAGAGCUCCAGUUCCAACAACUCGGCACGUCGCGGUGGCAGUGGCUACCGCAACCGCCGCCGGUGAUCGGAGUCAGCACCCACAAGACCGGGGAAAGUUGCAUCCUUUGCCCUUUCUACCUACCCCCUCUUUUUCCCCCUAUAUCUCUCUUUCUCCCUCCUCUUCCUGCAUGUCUUCCCCCUUGUGUAGGCCUCCAUGGGUUCCACACCUCCCUCCCUCCCUCUCUCGCUCUCUCCCU